AUGGCGAAUGUUCAUCCACAUGAGCCCUUAAAAUUGUACAUUGCAGCAUCUCCAAACACAAUUGGGUGUAUGCUAGCUCAAGAUGAUGAGAAUGGGAAUGAACGGGUAGUUUAUUACCUUAGUCGAGUUUUGACUGAUAUUGAGACAAGUUUUCCAAUGUUACGAGGACGUUUAGGGAAAUGGAUGCUCGCUUUGACAGAGUUCGAUUUGCAAUAUGUCCCAAUAAAAGCUGUGAAAGGUCAGGUCAUUGCAGAUUUUCUAGUUGAUAAUUCGAACAAUCUGAAUAACCAGGGGGCAAAUGUACUCGACAUUAAAGUCGAUUAUUGGAAGUUAUAUUUUGAUGGAUCGAAGCACAAAGAUGGUGCAGGAGUUGGAAUUCUUAUUAUCUCACCAGAAGGGAUUCCAUCAGAAUUCCUGUUCGAGUUAAAAUAUCCUUACUCGAAUAAUAUGGCAGAGUAUGAAACUUUAAUUUUGAGUCUUGAAAUCUUGAUUGGAAAAGGGGCUUUAGAAGUCCAAAUCCUAGGGGACUCUCAGUUAGUCCUUAAGCAGUUAUGGAAAGAGUUUAAAUGUAAUAAUGAGGAGUUGCAAAAAUACUUGGCAACGGCUUGGAAGUUGUUAACCUAUUUUCGAAAAGUUUCUUUGGUUCAUAUCCCAAGGAUUCAUAAUGAGGUCGCUAAUGAGUUAGCCCAAAUUGCUUCGAGGUAUAGGAUCGGCCCAGAAACUUUAAGAAAACUGGACAGUAUCCAUAAAAUUUUAGUGCCUGCGGAUAAAAGGGAAGCUUUGUGUAUAGGUGAAUGGGAAGACAAUGAUUGGAGAAAACUUAUUGCUGAAUAUUUAAAGAAUCCCAGCAUCCCAGUCGACAAAAAGGUAAAAUUACAAGCAAUAAAUUUUGUCUUGAUGGCUGAUGAGUUGUAUAAAAAGGGAAUCGAUGGAACUCUGUCGAGAUGCCUGAGGCAAAAUGAUAAAUUCAUUGCUUUGGGCGAAGUCCAUAAAGGGAUAUGUGGUACUCAUCAGGCUGGGAAGAAGAUGAAAUGGGUGUUAUAUCGCAAUCAUGUAUAUUGGCCAUCCAUGAUCAAAGAUUGUAUCGAAUAUGCAAAGGCGUGUCAGGAAUGUCAAAAGCAUGGUUUGAUACAACAGAUCCCAACAUCUGAGUUACAUUCGAUUAUAAAGCCAUGGCCGUUUAGAGGUUGGACUUUGGAUUUAAGUGGAUUGAUUCACCCUUCUUCAUCAAAACAUCAUAAAUUUAUCCUGGUAGCAAUUGAUUAUUUCAAAAAGUGGGUCGAAGCAGUUCCUUUAAUAGAAGUUGCACAAAAUGAAAUAAUAGAUUUUUUUGAGGAAUAUAUAAUCCAUCGAUUUGAAAUUUCUCAAACAUUGAGCACUGAUCAAGGGACUAUGUUUACUGGUUAG